UCUGAGAAUGGCCGCUGCAGCAGCAGGAAUAAACAAGCAGGGCGCUGUAGCGACGAUGGAGUCGUCUCUCCGGCACGGGAGGGCAGCUAAUGCAAGCACCGUGAAGGUGCUGGAGUGUGGUGUGUGUGAGGACGUCUUCUCUCUCCAAGGAGACAAGGUCCCCCGCCUUUUGCUCUGCGGUCACACCGUGUGCCACGACUGCCUCACCCGGCUGCCCCUCCAUGGCCGAGCCAUCCGCUGCCCCUUUGACAGACAGGUCACCGAGCUGGGGGACUCUGGUGUUUGGGGUUUGAAGAAGAACUUUGCUCUACUUGAACUCUUGGAGCGGCUCCAGAAUGGAGCCACCAACCAGUCAGGGAUGGCUGAUGAUGCCCUGAAAGGCAUGGGCGAAUGUAUAAUCCGAUGUGACGAGGACGAGAGCCACACGGCAUCCAUGUACUGCACCGUGUGCGCCACCCACUUGUGUGCCGAGUGCUCUCAGCUCACUCACUCCACCCGCACGCUGGCCAAGCACCGCCGGGUUCCUCUGGCUGAUAAACCUCAUGAGAAGAUGCUCUGCCCUCAGCAUCAGGUCCACGCCAUCGAGUUUGUCUGUCUAGAGGAAGCCUGUCAGUCUGGGUCUCUCAUGUGUUGUGUGUGUAAGGAGUAUGGCAAGCACCAAGGACAUAAGCAUGCUCUUCUUGAGACCGAAGCCAAUCAGAUCCGUGCAUCCAUCCUGGACAUGGCACACUGCAUCCGGACCUUCACGGACGAAGUGUCUGAGUACUCGAGGAAGCUUGUGGGCAUCGUGCAACAGAUCGAGGGUGGUGAGCAGAUUGUAGAAGACGGAAUAGGCAUGGCACAUACUGAACACGUCCCUGGCACGGCAGAGAGCGCUCGCUCCUGUGUCCGAGCUUACUUUGCAGACCUCCAUGAGACUUUGUGUAGGCAGGAGGAGAUGGCGCUGAGCGUGGUGGACGCCCACGUCAGGGAGAGGCUGAUCUGGCUGAGGCAGCAGCAGGAGGACAUGACCAUCCUGCUGUCUCAGGUCUCCACUGCCUGCCUGCACUGUGAGAAAACUCUUCAACAGGAUGACUGCAGAGUUGUGCUGGCCAAGCAGGAGAUCAACUGUUUGCUGGAGACUCUUCAGAAGCAGCAGCACCAGUUUACUGAGCUGGCAGAUCACAUUCAGCUGGAUGCUGGCAUCCCCGUCACCUUCACUAAGGACAACAGAGUCCACAUUGGUCCAAAGAUGGAGAUCCGGGUUGUGACUCUCGGGCUCGACGGAGCAGGAAAAACCACCAUCUUGUUCAAGCUCAAACAAGACGAGUUCAUGCAGCCCAUCCCCACCAUCGGUUUCAAUGUGGAGACAGUCGAAUAUAAGAAUUUAAAAUUCACUAUCUGGGAUGUUGGAGGAAAACACAAGCUCAGACCCCUCUGGAAACACUAUUAUCUGAACACUCAAGCGGUGGUGUUUGUGGUCGACAGCUGCCACAGGGACAGACUCAUGGAGGCACACAGCGAGUUGGCCAAACUCCUGACGGAGAAGGAGCUGCGAGAUGCUUUGCUGCUAAUCUUUGCAAACAAGCAGGAUGUUCCCGGCGCCGUGUCCGUGGAGGAGAUGACGGAGCUGCUGAGCCUGCACAAGCUGUGCUGCGGGAGGAGCUGGCACAUUCAGGGCUGCGACGCUCGGAGCGGGAUGGGUCUCCACGAGGGGCUGGACUGGCUCUCCAGACAGCUGGUGGCUGCUGGGGUCCUGGAUGUAGCCUGAAGAUUGCACUUACCCCCUCUGCACAUACUGACCCCCCACCCUAAAGCCCAGCCUCUGAGCUCAGCUCAGCAGCUGUCUAAAACCUUAAAGGAUGCAGUUUAAAGUUUGACUCUCAUCUUUCUUUCUUUGUGCAUCACUGUGGUCAAAGAGAAGGGAGAUGUAAAUACUUCCUGUGAUUACAUCAAACCGUUAAUUAUCUUUAAAUGUGUCCGGUCGACACAAUCAAAUAAAGUCAGACUGGCCUCAUCUAAAAAUACAAACUCACAAAAAGUCAUGUGGUUACUUAUCAUCGCCAAAGGAUUCUUUGUAAAUUUUUAUUUUGUUGCCUUGAAAGUUGAAUUUAUUGAGAUUUUUAAUUUGAUGGUUAAAAAAAAGUUACAAAAUUCAGUUGGGCCAAAAAUUUGCAGAAAAAUAAUUGUCAUAAAGCACAAACAUGAAGAACAGUGUUUAUGUUUAGUCCCUACCAUGAAGUCUCUGUGUCCACUCCUUCAGUUCCAGCUUCAGGUCUGUCUCCAGGACCCAUGUCCAUCUAACGUGGACUCUUUGUCCCCUCAUGUCCAAACGUCUGCAGAUCCUUCAGUUUUGGACGGUUCUGCUCGUCUUUAAAUCAGACCUGAGAUUCUCAGUUGGCCUGUGGUCUGGACCUUCACCUGGUUCUCCUUACCCCAGUGGAGCGGUCUUUACGGUGUGUUCAGGGACAUCAUCCUGCUGGAAGCUGGACCUCCGUCCCAGUCUCAGAUCCCCGAAGACUCCAGUUCCUCUGGAGAACUUCUCUGUAUUUGAACUCCCAUCUUUUCUUUGACUCUGACCAGCUUCCAGUCCUGCUGAUGAACCCCCCCACAGCGUGAUGCUGCCACCGCCAUGCUUCACUGUGGGGAUGGAGUUCUCAGCUUUAUGACAGGCGGUAGGUUUCUCUUGAUGUUUGGGACCAGAUCCCAACCAGUCCAGGUGUUUUUCUUUAAUCAGUGUCUUUUUUUUUCUGUCCACUCCUCCAUGAAGUCCAGCUCUGAGCAGCUUCUAGUCCUGUGGUCAGGUCCUGACCUCUCCCAGCUCCAACACCUUUGACCUGCUGGUUUCUCUGGUUACCUGCUUGGUGAGGUUUGGUGGACGAGCCUCUCAGCAGGUUUGCUGUAGCAGCUUCAUCUUUGUUUCCUAACGAUGGCCUUAAUGAAGCUCUGAGGGGCGUUUCAGAACUGACCUGUGUGGAGAGUUCCUUGGUCUUCAUGAUGCCUCCUGCUUGGCGGCAGCCUGCAGUGCUUGGAGGUGUUGAUUCUGGGGGCUCUCAGAAGAGGUGGAUCUAUAAACUGGAGCUGGUUAAACUCGUUCUGUGGCUUCAGGAGGAGAUGGUUCAGACCACAUGGCUGAAGACUUAUGCACACACCACUCUUCACUUUUAUACAUUUUAAAUGUUUGAAAACGAGCUAUCUGCAUUUGACUUGUAUAUGAAUUAUUUUAGUAGAAUUGUUGCUUUAAAUUGAAUUAAAAAUGAAAUUCCAGGUUGUAAGGUCAUCACGUUCUUCAGACACCUCCUCUCAUUCAUUUAAUCCUAAAUGCUCCUUUAGUGUCCGACGGUGUGGAUUGUAAUUUCUCUCAGUAGUCUGAACUCGAUCCACAGUGCUCCAUGUUGUAUCUUAUAUUUUGGUUGGAUUCAGGAAGCUUCAGAAGUUCCUGAGCAAAGUUGAGGUUAGAAUGAAUCCUUCAGGCGUUGCCUCGUCUUCUAAUGUAAGCUGCAGCUGAUGCUUCUCUAAAUUUUCUGUGCUUGUUUUGUUUUUAGGUGUGUGAACUUAUUUAAUAAUCCCUGCUGGGCCUAAAGGAGGUGCACUGUCGGCAUUUUGCUUUGACCGGAGCGUAGUCUGUUACAGAGUGAUAGUUUACAGACGGGUACGUGACAUUUCUGUGAUUCUAGGCUGAACCGAGGUUGUUUUUAACGUCUGCUUUCUGCCUCCGUUUUGUGGAGCGUCUUGCAUGCAGAAUUCAUAGAGCGCACUUCAUCUGCCGAUUCAUCAAGUUUGCAUCUGGGAGCAAACAAAACGCAAUGUUACCGGAGUCAUGUGAAAGUACUUUGAUGUAUCUGGAGUGCGUCCCCGUGGCACAGCUUUAACCUUCAGUGACGUAAUGUGAAACUUCUGGACAUUAAACCCAACAGUCUGAGGAUCCAUCGUUUGAGUUCGACUUUUAUUCAUUGCUAUGUAAUGUAUACUAUUUGUAUCUAUG